GUAAUCUGGAAGGCGUUGGAAUAAAAAAUAUUGCUUACAGCAAAAGAAGGAAUCAAUCAAAUUGAAGAUUAAAAACUCUCUGCGCCUAGGGUGAAGGUCAUAGAUUUUGCUAACCUAAUAAAUUUCUCUUGGAAAAUAAAAUAAAACCAAGGAUUUGAAUUUACAAAUACAAUGUUUAGGAAUAUUUCAUUGUAUUUCAUAUUUUAAAGAUGAAAUCAGAAUUAUUACUUGUUGAAACAUGUGGUACCAAAGAAACCGAAUAUAGAAAAAAGGAUCCUUUGAGAAUUGAACGAGUAGUACCUAAACCUAGCUUUGGCUGGAAUAUUGGGUCGUUUUUUCUCAAUUUUUUCAAAGAGAUUCUACUUCCUCACGGCUACCCUGAUAGUGUCAGUAAUGACUAUUUUGAAUAUCAAGUAUGGGAUACUUUGCAAGCAUUUUGCAGUACUAUUACUGGAAGCUUCACUACUCGAGCUAUUCUUAAAGGAGUUGGGGUAGGUGAUGCAAAGGCAUCAGCACUGUCAGCCACAAUAACUUGGAUAAUGAAGGAUGGUUCUGGUAUGAUAGGGAGAAUAUUCUUUGCUUGGUGGAAAGGAAGUAUGUUAGAUUGUGAUUGCAAGAAGUGGAGAUUAUUUGCUGAUAUUUUAAACAAUUUUGCUAUGGCAAUUGAAUUGGGGAUUCCUUAUUAUUCUCACAAAAGUAUGGAGAUAUUAUGCUUGACUUCUAUAAUGAAGUCUAUAGUGGGUAUAGCAGGAGGUGCAACAAGGGCAUCCAUCACAUACCAUCAAGCAAAACAGGGCAACAUGGCUGAAAUUUCAGCAAAGGAUGGAACUCAAGAAACAGUAGUAAAUCUUAUUGCAAGCUUAACAAGUUUAUAUUUAUUGAGCAAAAUAUUAAAUCCAAUGUAUGAAGUGCUAUUCAUAUUUUUCUUGAUGAUACUUCAUUUAUACUUUAAUUACAAAGCCGUAACUUGUUUGACAUUUGAUACACUGAAUGAUUCUCGAAUGACUUUAGUGUUAAAAGAAUACUGUAUGAAUAAUAGCUUGAAUCUUGCGUUUAUUAAUGGUAAGGAAUCUGUUAUUCUUGGUCUAGGCGAGAAUGUUUCAGACAUUUGUAGCUUCAAGAUAAAACUUGGUAAUUCUUUGAGUAGAAUUGUUGAGUUGUACAAUUAUGAAGAAAUGCAACAAAUGCUACAAGUAUAUGAAAACAAACCUUAUUUAAUCAUUCCUGAUGUUGAGAAAAGGCAUAUUUAUAUCGCAUUAGAAAAAAGAUGUGAUCCACUUGAAGUUCUUCACAGUUACGUUCAUGGAGUAAUGAUAGCUAUGGCUACCAGCUUUUAUAAUGACAUUCCACUAAAAGUUCAUGUGAUAAGAAAGAGAAAUCAAACAAAUUUAGUAGCUCGAAUUGCAACUUUCAUGAAAUCAAUGAGAAGGAAUACCGAGUACCAAAAUAAUAUGUCAGCGGAAGAAUUGAAAUUGUUCAACGAAUUUGUUGAACCUGAAAUAGCUAUGUUUUUUGUAACACUAGAUGUAUAUAAAUGGAAUAAAAAUUGUCAUUCCUUGAGUAUGCAACAUUGGAAGACAAAUAGAAAAUUUUAUUCAGAAAAAAAUGAAUGAAAUAUGUCAUAUCUUGAAAAUUGUAUUAUUUUAAUAAAUAUUCAAUUUUUUACAAAA